AUGGCAACCUCACUGCCAGGGUGAGAACCCAGAGUCGGAUCCACUCCACUGGCCAUAACCGCGGCGACCUGUAACAAAAAUCAGGAGCUCGAGUCCCUCCCAGACAGCGGCUCGUUUAGGAAAGGAGGCUUUCACCUAGAGCGCGCGGCGCCCAGCAGCUGUUCCUCUCAAUUCGGCGCGCAGCCGUUCAGCUCGUUCCAGCGCCAGCAAGCUCGCUUCUCGUUAACGGGCGCCAACGCCUCCGCCGGCCCGUUCGGAAACGGCUGCUCCGUAUUGUUCCAAGCGUCGGUGGCCAACGUUUCCCAGGACGCGGAAGCGCGCAGUCAGUGUUGUUCAUCUCCGAAAGUGGACACUCCUGCGGGAUUUACCCGCAGGGUGAGCGUCGCGCAUCCGUACGGGACGUAAGUUCAAAUCGUCUCACGCUGGCAUCUCGCCGAGGACAUGAGCGCCGGCAGCGGCUCCUCUUGGUGGGAUGUAGGCACCGCUGGAUUGAUUGUUCAAAGCGCGAACGGCGCCGCGCUCCGCUCUUUGCAUUCACCUUUGGGUGGAUAGCACUCCGAGUAUACACUCUCACUACUCCGCGUUCGGCGCAGUCCGUCUCCGCACCUCCUCGCGGGCGGCCAGCACCUGAUGGACGGAUUCAAACUUUUAUCCGCCACUUACCCGGAAAGCAGGCCGGGUACUAACGGCGCAAGUGCUAGCCGGUCAACGCUCAUCCACCGGCGCUACUCCGGCAGAGCGACCUGCGACUGUCCAACUGCCCAAGGCGAGCGCCUGGGGCCUCAGGGAGCCAGCUUGCGCAGAAAGGGCCUUCACAGCUGCCACAUCCCGGGCUGCGGAAAGAAGGUAUCGGAAAGACGUGCGCACCUCAAAGCGCAUUUGCGUUGGCACACCGGCGAGAGGCCGUUCGUUUGUAACUGGCUCUUCUGCGAGCGCUUCCCACCAGAAUCCGACGAGCUCCAGCGGCAUUUACGCACGCACACCGGAAAGAGGUUCGCCUGCCCGGUGUGCAGCAAGCGCUUCAUGCGCAGCGACCAUCUCAGUAAACACGUGAAAACGCACAGCGCCGGAGGCCCGGCUCCAGCGAGAGUUGGAAAGGGCAGCGACACCGACAGCGAGCAGAGUGUGCCGGGCAGGCCGGCGUGCCAGUCUCCCGACGCGAUCCACAACACAGAACCCGUGCAGAACGGCCUCUGA